CCGCGGAGUUCCGCCAUGGCCUCCAAGACAGCAAAUCGUACUCCUCCGAGUUCUCGUCGGGAGCCGGAGGGGCGCUUCCCGGGACCGGACAAGUAUUCAGUGCUGUUGCCCACCUACAACGAGCGCGAGAACCUGCCGCUCAUCGUGUGGCUGCUGGUGAAGAGCUUCUCGGAGAGUGGAAUCAACUAUGAAAUUAUAAUCAUAGAUGAUGGGAGCCCAGAUGGAACAAGGGAAGUUGCUGAACAGUUGGAGAAGAUCUAUGGAUCAGACAAAAUUCUUCUAAGACCACGGGAGAAAAAGUUGGGACUAGGAACUGCAUAUAUACACGGAAUGAAACAUGCCACAGGAAAUUACAUAAUUAUUAUGGAUGCUGAUCUCUCACACCAUCCAAAAUUUAUUCCUGAAUUCAUUAGGAAGCAAAAAGAAGGUAAUUUUGACAUUGUCUCUGGAACUCGCUACAAAGGAAAUGGAGGUGUUUAUGGCUGGGAUUUGAAAAGAAAAUUAAUCAGCCGUGGGGCCAAUUUUAUAACUCAGAUUUUGCUGAGACCAGGAGCAUCUGAUUUAACAGGAAGUUUCAGGUUAUAUCGAAAAGAAGUUCUACAGAAAUUAAUAGAAAAAUGUGUUUCUAAAGGCUACGUUUUCCAGAUGGAAAUGAUUGUUCGAGCAAGACAGUUGAAUUAUACUAUUGGCGAGGUUCCAAUAACAUUUGUGGAUCGUGUUUACGGUGAAUCCAAGUUGGGAGGAAACGAAAUAGUCUCUUUCUUGAAAGGAUUAUUGACUCUCUUUGCAACUACAUAAUAGAAAGUUAUUUAUUUAUCACGUUCAUUUCAAUUUAAACAGAGGAAGCUGGUUGCUGAUUUUUUUUAAUGUACUUAGAGCAUAAAUCAUAGGUAAGAUAAAUUUCAUGCAAAUCUUUUUUUCCGAAGAAAUUCCAUUUUAUAUGUCAAAUUAAAUUAGAAAAAUGAGCAGUGUUCUCAAUUUUCUUUAACAUUUUGCUGUAUUAAGACCUACAAAUAAAUGCAUAUGGAUUUUUGCAUAAAAAAAA